GGGGAGCAAAACUUAAGCGUUAACCGUUUGCUGUCCGACCUGAGCGGUGAGGUCAAAGGACGUUGCGUGCUGUGUUCGUCCUUAGACCUGUCAUUUAGAGGAUGAAUCAUGAUUCUGCACUAUGCUAGACCAGUGGUUUCACUCAUUCGGCACAGGAGUGUACAUGUUGCAGUUUCCAGGCUAUAUCAUGCGGAUAAAGUUGCAACAGUGGGCUCGCAGCCCGACUCUCAGUCUCCGGUCUUUCAGGAAAAUUAUGAGCGAAUGCAAGCACUGGUGAAGGAGUUGAAGGACAGAGCAGAGAGGAUCAAACUUGGAGGUGGAGAAAAAGCGAGAAACCUACAUACAUCCAGAGGAAAGCUCCUGCCUCGGGAACGCAUCGACAGACUGUUGGAUCCUGGAUCACCCUUUCUUGAGUUUUCCCAGUUUGCUGGUUAUCAGUUAUAUGGUAAGGAGGAAGUUCCUGCGGGAGGCAUAAUCACUGGUAUUGGUCGAGUCUCAGGGGUGGAGUGUAUUAUAGUUGCGAAUGAUGCUACUGUCAAAGGUGGAACUUAUUAUCCAGUUACUGUGAAGAAGCACCUGCGUGCCCAGGAAAUCGCACAACAAAACUAUCUACCAUGCAUAUACCUGGUGGAUUCUGGAGGAGCCAAUUUACCCAGACAGGCAGAUGUGUUUCCAGACAGAGAUCACUUUGGACGCAUCUUCUUCAACCAGGCCCGCCUUUCCUCAGAGGGAAUUGCACAGAUUGCUGUUGUGAUGGGCUCCUGUACUGCAGGGGGCGCUUAUGUGCCUGCGAUGGCUGAUGAGAGCAUCAUAGUGCGCAAACAAGGGACCAUUUUUCUGGGUGGACCACCACUGGUAAAAGCUGCUACGGGUGAAGAGGUGUCUGCUGAAGACCUGGGAGGUGCAGACCUUCACUGCAGAAAGUCAGGUGUAACUGAUCAUUAUGCCCUGGAUGAUAAUCACGCCCUUCAUCUUGCACGGAAAGCCGUACGAAGCUUGAACUACAAGAAAAAUCUUGAUGUUACUGUGGAACCUCCUGAGGCUCCUCUGUUUCCUGCCGAUGAGCUAUAUGGUAUUGUGGGGGACAACCUCAAACGCAACUUUGAUAUUCGAGAGGUAAUCGCUCGUAUUGUUGAUGGCAGUAAAUUUGAUGAAUUCAAGGCUUUCUAUGGAGACACACUAGUCACAGGAUUCGCACGGAUAUUUGGCUACCCUGUGGGAAUUAUUGGCAAUAAUGGUGUGCUGUUCUCAGAAUCUGCAAAGAAGGGAACUCAUUUCAUUGAGCUUUGCUGUCAGAGAAACAUUCCACUCCUCUUUCUUCAAAAUAUUACAGGCUUCAUGGUUGGCAGGGAGUAUGAAGCUGGAGGUAUUGCUAAAGAUGGAGCUAAAAUGGUGACCGCUGUGGCCUGUGCCAAUGUGCCUAAGAUUACCGUCAUCAUCGGAGGAUCGUAUGGUGCGGGGAACUAUGGCAUGUGUGGCAGAGCUUAUGGCCCCAGGUUCCUGUACAUGUGGCCUAAUUCACGCAUCUCUGUGAUGGGAGGAGAGCAGGCAGCCACUGUGCUGGCAACCAUAACUAAGGAUCAAAAAGCCAGGGAAGGAAAAGAGUUUACCCCAGAGCAGGAAGCUGCAAUGAAAGAGCCAAUUAUCAAACGCUUUGAGGAAGAGGGAAACCCUUAUUAUUCCAGUGCCAGAUUGUGGGAUGAUGGGAUCAUUGACCCCGCCGACACUCGACUUGUCCUGGGCUUGAGUCUGAGUGCUGCUCUCAACGCCCCCACACAGAAAACUCGCUUUGGUGUCUUCAGAAUGUAAAUCUCAUUUUGUAAAGAUUAGACAUUUUGAAUUAAAUCAAUUUCCUCUGUCUUUUGGGGAGUACACACUAACUUUAUAGACUUGUUUUGUCUUUGUAUGUUUGACAACAGUAAAAUCUGUAAAGCAAUCAUUGAGUGUUGUAUCUCAUAUGCGGUGUGAUUUUCUUGUUGUCUUGUGCUCUUGAUAUUUAGGACAGUAAAACAUCUCAAAAUAUUGGCUGGUGUAAGAACAGAAAAGUAGGCAUAUGUUUUGACGGUGUAAACUACAAAAACUCGAAUUUGUGAAAACUGAGGUAUAGUUUCUCUUUACAAAGUGACCUCACCAACUACUGGCCUGGCAUGCAUAACACAGCAUUUUUAGUAAUUUUUGCGGAUCUGUGUCAGCACAAUGUUGUCGUCUGUACGCUAAAAACACAAAGGAAAAACUUUUCUGUUUUUAGUACAUCGUUGUUAUGUAAUCAUACCCUUAGUACCCUUGAGUAGUCAGUAGUUUAAAGGCAAAGGUAUUGUUCAUUUACAUUACAUCAUAUUUAACAAAACUAUUACAAAAUAAUAUUUUUUUCACUAAUGAUUUUUUUUAAUUCAGUUGACUUAAAUUCAGUGUUCUGAAUACAGUACUGUAUGAACAGUGUAAUUUUAGUAUUAUUCAUAUAUUAUUAAAGUGUUUAUUCAUA